AUGCGGAGUCCAGGGGGCUUGAUGUGGAAUGGUAAAGAUAAAUCGUAUCAUCAUUAUCCUUGCCGUCAAACAGUGCCUCGACAGAGCGUUUGGUGGCAAACUACUAAAAAUCCACCCUGGCCCACAGGGUCCCAAAACGGCCCAAGGAGCACUCAGGACGGCCCAGGCGUCCUCCAACAGACUCGCACGAGGCCAGACAGCACAGCCAAGAGGAGGCUCCCGAGGCGCCCACGCGCCCGAGACGGCCCCAGACGACUCCGAGACGGCCCAGCUGGCACCACAGACACCAGGACCUUCCCGGCUGGCGGGAAUCGCGGUGAUCUGGCGCACGUCUCGCCGUUCGCCACCGCGAGCAUCGUGGCCCACCUCGCGGCGCAAGCUUGCCGUCGAGGACGCUCGCGACGACGCCGGAGACGACGACGCAGACGACCUGCUUCCUCCUCUCGCUACACCGCUGGGAUCAGCGCUUGCGGGAACGGCGGUCAGUGGCAGCGGGCCUUGGCCUUGCUCGGCGAGAUGCAGGAGGCGAAGGUGGAGCCCAACGUCAUCAGCUACAACGCCGGGAUCAGCGGGUGCGAGAAGGGCGGUCAGUGGCAGCGGACAUUGGCUCUGAUGAGCGAGAUGUGGGAGGCGAAGGUAAAGCCCGACAUCAUCUCUCCUAUAAUCUACAGCACUGGGAUCAGCGCGUGCGAAAAGCAAGCGCAGUGGCAGCGGGCGUUGGCGCUGCUCAGCGAGGUGAGGGAGGCGAAGGUGGAGCCCGACUAA